CUGACUACUGCUAUGUAAUGGCACUUGACGUUUCCAUUUCCUAACCUUCACCUUUACGGUUUUUUUCUCGAUGCACAGGGAAUCCUUGUAAGUUAGCCCGGCACCGUUGACACACGCUCCUUUUCUCUGUAGACCAACGCUCGUUACAUCCCGACACUCCUUUCAUGUUCCUUGUGGUAGCCUGGCAGCCAACACACCCAUGAAUGCAGUUGCUGCUCAUUCGCGACCCCGCAGGCGCUUCAUGCUGCCGGGCACCAGCCAGACAACGACCAUUAUCGUCGUCGUCGUCUGUGCCAUCGGCGUCCUCACACUUUUGUACGUGUUCUUCCGCAUGACGAGACGCUGUUGGGGUCGCAAAUCGGUGCCGCUGCCUCCCGUGCAGCCAAUCGCCUACCAAAGACAACAACUGGCCCAGCUUGCUGAACGGAACGCUAUGUCCCUCACGCCGACUUACCCGUCGCGUUUUUCCACCCCGGAGGACUUCUCGCCUUGCGGGAGCGAUUUUUCUCUACCACCAAACAGGGAAUAUAUAGGCUCCCCCUCUUCCUCCUGCCGGCUCUCCCCCUUGCUUGAUACCUUACCUUCGGGCAACGUUAUCUUGACCGAUUUUCCGACCCUCUCACCUUCAAAUGGACAAGCGGGCGAACGUCUCUUACCAAGGGCCUCGAUGUACGACGCUCGGAGGAACAGCGGUAGUUCUGUCGGUUCUGGGUCCCUGAGGCCACCAUCGACGAUUCACAGCUCGACAUCUCCUUACGGACCUUCUCGUGUAGCCCGUCGCAGUCAUUUGCAAUCGAUAACUUCACAUCAUAGUACCAAUACCAGACAUACGAUCAUUGGCUUACCUCACAGCCGACACAGUCCUGUGCAAAUCGUCCUCCCCACACCUCUAGCACCUGCUGUGGCACCAUAUCUCAGCGGGUCCAGAUCAAGCGAAAAUAUUCGGGAUUUAAGUGCUGCUGAAAGUCGAGGUCGCACGCGUCUUAGUGUUGCAGACCCGUGGACCCACACAUUACACCAGUUCGGAAGCGAUGGUCACCUAUGUAGGACUCCCUCCGAGGCUCACCGAUAAUGCGUACUGACUUCCGACUCGAGAUUCUACCCGCGCCGCAGUUCGUCGGCCAGCUACGGCGUCGCUGUCCCGUCUAAAAGUUCCAUCUUCAACCCACCAUAUCACACCUGGUCCGAGAGAUCCGCCUGUUUUUCCUUCGUCCCCCUUAGUCCCUGCCGAGCACAAUGCAAGGGGCCCACCAUGAGAUGUUCUCGUGUCGCAUGCCCCGACACUCUAGCAUCUUUACCAUAUUUAUUGUUUAUUUGCAAGACUACGUAUUUUAUUUUAUCUUGUCAAUUGGUCUCGGACGGUAUAUGGAGAAAUAACGUGGUCAUGAGGAAAGUAGUCGAUAUGAUCGGGUCCAGAUUACUCGGGUGUUUAUCUUUGCUCCGUUUAUGUAGUGACUCGAGGCGUAUUAUAAAAAAAAUUACGAGGC